UCAAUUGAUACACACACUCGCUGCUUUUUUAAUUGGAAAAGUCUCUUUUAAUUAAAAUAUGGAUAAAACCUCACUAAACGCGCGCGACGAUGAAAAUCUUAGAGCGCAAGCUCUUAAUCAGUUUCGUGAAUGGAUAUCGAAACAUCCGCAGAUAAGGAAGUGCCGAACGGACGAUCAAUUCCUUCUUCGUUUCCUGAGAGCAAGGAAGUUUUGUGUAACUGAAGCGUGCCAAUUGCUUGUGAACUACUUAUCUAGGAGGAAGAUGCUGCCGAGUAUAUUCGAGAACCUCGACUUCAAAUCACCAGAGAUUGAUUUCUUCAUUCAGAAUAAAAGUGUUUAUAUUCUUCCCGAGGUGGACAAGCACGGACGUAAUGUACUGUUUUUUGAUGUGGGACAAAUGGAUCCGAAGCAAUGCACAGCCUUGGAUUGCUUAAGGAUGUGCAAUGUUUUAUUUGAACACUUAAGCAUCGAUGCAAGGUCACAAACCAACGGAGUGGUUAAGGUGGUUGAUUGCACAAAUGAAGAAUUUGCCUUUGUGGCCAUGUGGACACCAGCGAAGAUCAAGGAAUUCUCUCAGUGCUGGCAAAAAACCUUUCCUAUCAGCUUUGCAAAGAUUUAUUUAGUUAACAUGCCCUCUUUCGCGAACGUUGCGCUAAACCUCUUCAAAACUUUUAUCAGCAAUAAGCUUAAGGAGCGAAUUAAGACAGUUAAUGGCUGGCAGGAAGUAUUCGAUGAUUUGGGAAGAGACAUCUUUCCGGAGGAAAUUGGUGGCAAAACUCCAUCAGCAAAGAUAGAUGAAUUGUUCAAGAAAAACCUCCUUGAGACCCGAGAAGAAAUUCUCGCCAUCGGCGACUUGGAUAUUGAAGUCUCCAAUACAGCUGUGAACUUUGGCAACAGUUACGAUGCUGAUCUCGACACGGCGAUCGUCGGAAGCUUUCGCAAAAUUUCUGUGGAUUAACUCAGGCUUUACGCCAAAAAUGAAUAAAAUUAGCACCUGCAGGAGUGAUAAGAUUACACCGACUCUCACUAAGGUUUCACGGGUGUGAAGGGGUUUAAUGGGUGUGCGCUUUGAGAUAAAAGCGAGCAGACAGUGAAUAGGAAUUGUAUUUUGUGCCUAAUAAAUAAUUUUAUUAAAAAUAUCUCAAUAAUA